UGCGGCUGCGGUGCCCUGCCAUGCUCGCGGUCUAGGCCAAACCUACCUCAACUCGCUUGCUCUUUGGGCGCUCCAACAACAGCUCCCCCUCUGCUGCUACGCCAGUCCGUAACGGGCCAAACAUGCCACCUUUGCCGAGGCUGACGUUUCCGAGCCGCGCACUACUUGGUGUGGUGCUUUUGACGACGCAACAGUGCGCCAACACGGCGAGACACCCCAUCUGCCGGAUGUUGGAGGAUGGACCAGGGCACCGAAGACCGACCCGACCUUCAGCGCCGCAGCCGUACAGGUGUGAUGGUGACCACGCCGAGGCACUGUGCUCAAAAAUCGAUAGCGAUUACUCCAUCCCGACGGUGACCGGUGCUCACCGCACGGAACAGGGGGGAGUCACCGGCGGUGGUGACACUGCAUCAGCUGGAACGCUUCGCGAAGCAUUUCCGUCCGAAACUCGACAAGAGGAUGUACGAUUAUCGGUACCCCCGCAAUAUAUUUGGUGGGCAUGUAAGGGUACACGAAGGUCAUCUCCAGGCGAUGUGGGCGACGUAGGAGACGCUGCAUGGGUUGACUGCGAUGGCUACUACGCUUUCGGUCGCCGAGAGGUCAACCCCACCUGUCGAUCAGAACCAGACGAAAAAGGCAGCGAUUGGUUCGGAUUGCUGUCCGCAAACAAUCCAGAGAAUCCAGAGUUCAUCCCACCAGGAAGAGUCGAAGGCCUGCCCAAUCCCAGAAACCUGGAGCUUUUGGAAGCCGACAGAGGGCAGAGCUUCGAGGAGGUGUCAUCUUCAUCAAGCGGUGGAGUACCAGCAGCUCAGGGGACUGCCAGCCAAGGCGGUGGAGUAGCCGCAGUGCAAGGGGCUGCCAACCAACUCGUACACGCCCCCGCCGACAGUGAAUGCGAUGAAUUGUGGCGCACAUGGCCAGCAAUGCAGGAAAGCGCCAUCGCUAACGGCACGGUUGUGGUCUUCGAUCUGGUGUCAAGGGUGGGAAACGCGUUCAUGGACUUGAGAAAUAUCAUUCAGGUGGCCCGUUGGCUUGAGCUGGGCCUAGUUAUUAAUUGGAAGGGUUUCCAGGGGUUUCGAGACGCAUUUGACACAGGGGAGCUCAAGUGGGACAUCGACACUGAGCCAUUCCGUCGAAGAGCAAAGGAGAUCAGUCGAGGUGUAAAUCCGUCUGGCUUUCACUUGUUCCGGUUCUACGACGGCUUUAUGGUCCUGUGCGACCACCAGCUCACGAUGUUGGCGUCGAAGGUGGGCAUCGCGAUACAACAUCCAGACGCCAUGAUGCUUCAGCUGAAAAAGGUGUUUCCCGUGAAGAUUCGGUAUUGGAUCAGCGGCGGGUUGCAAAACGGGCUGCCUGCUUCCCAACCCUGUACGUGGAACAUGUUCGUGAGACGCAGCGCUGCGAUGAUGAGGAGGUUGGAGGCCUACAACCCUUGGAGAGUGGAAGGCAGCUCAAUGUCCCGGUUCCAAAAAUACAUCGCUUUUCAAAUACGAACGACCGAGGGAGAAACCGCAGGGUCUUUUGACCCGAAAAUCCACACCUACAUCUUCAACAAUUUGCGGUCGACCGUGGUUUGUAAUUGGUACUUCGCGGCAACGGAGGAGGCGAAGGGCGCCUGCCCCGCUGCUUUCAAUGCGGACGAGGGCGAUGUGCCGCUCUUCAUCUCUUCCAACAGUAUGAGCAUGGCGCGCAACUGCUCCGCCGAAGCUGCGGGUCGAAAGAUGCUGCCUGGAUUGGUGGAUGUCGGUGUUCCGGUAGGCGACGCCCAUACCACUUUCUCUGCACACCCCAAGAUUGCUGCCCUCAAAGCAUUCGUAGACUUUCUGUUCAUCUUGGACGCGGAAGUAGUAGUUCGAACAGCAUCGUCUUUCUCCGGCACAGCUGUUGAGAUGAAGGGCAUGAACUGCUUCGAAGCGAAGGUUUCUGUCGAAAUGCCCAUCAGCGGUUUGUAUGUGUGCGUGCCCGCGGGGUGUUGAACCAAUGUCGUUUUUGCCGUGGACGACAUGAGGAAGCGUCGGAUAGCCCAACGCCAUGAAGAUGGCCUGGUAGCAUUCUCUACUUGACAUCUCGGUCGGGGCGUUCGGCUGGGGUCUCUGAUAACUAUUUCCGGUGUACUUUCUCCUAUCGGACUCGUUGUUCAAGUGAUGCCACAAACGUAUUGCUCUUCCCGCUUCGGGGGGAUCCACUCGCGCAUUCUGCAGUAAAUGUAGGACUGGUACUCACUAGGAAUUCGCUGGUGGACACUGGGCACCGUCCCUCCUCGUAGUUGAGACAUUGCCAACAUUUGUUACUUGUUAUGCUUUGUGUUUUUGUCAUUUGUAUCAUCUACUUCUAUAUAACAGUGCGGGAAAAAUCCCUUGUAGUAUUAUCGUUUAGUUUCAUUGAGCUUAGAUUUAUUUUGCUCGGUAGGAUGUUAAGUGUCCCGACCGGACGUUUUUGGAGAGAUAGGUCCCCUUCCGUGUGAGACUUUUCGUGUAUAUCUGGUUUGAAUUAUCAAGCGGGCGUGACCGUAGCCUACGAUGUUAGAGAUGGCGUCGAGGGUGUUUCUGGCAUAAGCUAGUCAAGUGCUCAUUUUAUCUGCCGUGUUAAAGGCUCGUGUUGUUUCAGAGCGACCCCAGGCAGAUUUUUCAAGAAAACCCAGACUAACCGCGGUUAAGUGGUGCAGGGUGUUGCAAUUUACAAUGUGAGGCGACCGUCUGCAUGUUCUAAUUUCGACCUGAUACGGAGCACAGCCGCGUUGGUGUUCAGGGAGGGAGAAAUAAAAGUGUUGGGCUUGAGACUGCCCAGCUUUGUAUUCUUUUUUGGUUCCAAGUUAAUUGUUUGCUUUUUUCUUUUAGGUUAGUGUUGGGCUUAAGACUGCACAGAUUUGUUGUUCUUGUUUGGUUCGUUAAGUUUACUGGAUAUGAUAUUUUCUUCUAGGUUACUUGUGUUUACCGAGUCAAAACACGUC